GACAUUUUAUCUCGGCAAAAACAGUCCAUAGUCUCUGGUCUGGCCUCAACCUGGUCUCAUCAUGGCUGGAGCUCACGUUAACACGGUCUGCUUUAUAUCGUUACUCGUGCAACUAUGUGCGUUCACUGCCUUGGGACAGGAUGUUUUUGUCAUCUACGACACAGACGGCACUGAUUACAUCUACUAUUAUGACUAUGGGACUGAAAGCCCAGCAGAAGGCACUAAUUCAGCUCUGGACGACUGGCUGUAUGAGCUCAUGGACCUCACAGAUGAGUGUGACCCAAACCCAUGUUUGAAUGGCGGUAGCUGUGACACAUCAGUGGACGGGGGCUUCGUAUGUCACUGCCCUGAGCCGUAUACAGGAAAGAGGUGUCACACAGUGAAAGAUGUUUGCAAGAAUGUGAACUGCGGCCAAGGAGACUGCGUCCUCACCACCACUGCUCCUUUUUACGAGUGCAAAUGCAAAGCUCCCUUCAAACCCCCCCACUGCCGGAAAGCCUCUCUCUGCAGGCCUAAUAACCCCUGUCAGAAUGGAGGCAGCUGCUGGAGGGGUCCGUCACGCACCAGCUUCCAGUGCGCCUGCCCUCACGGAUACAACGGCAAAUUAUGUGACGUGGGACCAAACGACUGUUACGAAGGCGACGGAGAGUUUUACAAUGGCAUGGUGAGUGAAACGGUCGAAGGAGAGGACUGUUUGCACUGGAAUUCCUAUUUCAUUCUGCAGAACGGAGCGGAUCCGUUCAAAGCGUAUGAAGGUCACGAUGGAAUUGGACCCAACAAUUACUGCCGUAAUCCUGACGGAGAUGAUCAGCCCUGGUGCUACGUUAAGAAGAACGGCAGACUGAGAUGGAACCACUGUAACAUCAGGAAAUGCAUUGGAGCUCCAGCCACUCCACCUACAGUCACAGAAACUGACUCCGUCACAGCAGCUCCGGUCAGGCUGUUCUCUCAGUGUGGAAGACCGCAGCCUGGCCGCUCAUCCAGAAUCUUUGGAGGGAAAAAAUCUGUUCCCGGAGCUCAUCCUUGGCAGGUUUCCCUGCAGAGCAGAGCCGCGGGCUCCUCCGGGCCGUUCAGUCACAUCUGUGGUGGUAUUCUACUGGACUCCUGCUGGGUUCUAACUGCUGCUCACUGCAUUUUAAGUCACACAGAGCUGCAGGUGGUGCUGGGUGGAGUGGACUUAGAGAAGGACGAGGCGUACGAUCAGGUGGUUCCCGUGGAGAGAGCUAUCGUGCACGAGGGCUACAGACAGACUCCCUUCGCUCUUCAUAAUGACGUCGCCAUGCUCCAACUGAAAGUCAUGGACAAGCCGUACUGUGCCAAAGAAACUCGCUUCGUGAAGACAGCCUGUCUGCCGACCCAGCAGUUCAACAGCGGGAAGGAGUGCGCCAUCUCUGGAUGGGGAGCGACUGAAACACAGAAAUAUGGAAGCAACCACCUGCUGGAUGCUCGCGUUCUCCUGAUCUCUCAGGAGAAAUGCAAAGCUCCACAUGUGUACGGAGACUCCCUGGAUGACAGCAUGUUCUGUGCAGGCAACAUGCAUGGAGGUGUGGACUCCUGCCAGGGUGACUCUGGGGGUCCUCUGGUGUGCGAGCAUAACGGGACACACCAAGUGGUCGGUGUGGUGAGCUGGGGAGAUGGCUGCGGCAAGAAGUACAAGCCUGGUGUCUAUGCCAAUGUUGGCAGAUUUGUCAGCUGGAUUUCCUCUUAUUUGAAUGAUAAAUAAUAUAUGAGAAUCACACUAUUAUUUAUGUUGUAAAAUAAAUGAAUCAAUGACAUGACACACAGAGCCUUGAAGAUAAGGUGGUGUUCAAGAUAAGGGCUGCAUUUUGUUUUACCUCAAAUAAAGUGGUCAAGAAGACAUGA